AUGCGCUUCACACUCUGCCUCGCACUGGCCGCCGCCUCGUCCGCUCUUGCUACGACGCCUGCGCAGCUCAUGAACCAGCUUACUGUCGUCACUACGGACGCGAACAAGCUCAACACUUCGCUGGCCGUCGCCAAUUUGACUUACUCGUCGGCCUAUGCCAUUCACUCGCUAGCUUUGACCACGAUCAAAGAUAUCAACAAUGGCACUUCGCUUUGUAACACGACCACUGGCUUCACUGCCGCAAACGGCAUCUCCGUCAUCCAGACGGUCGUCAACAACCUCACGCCUCCCACAUUGGCUGCACUGACGAGUUUGAUCAACAAGAAGUCGCAAUUCGACUCGUUCAAGCUCGGCUCAAUCGCAAAGACUGAUAUCACCAACCUGCAUACCGCAGUCGAUAACUUAUCUGCCUGCAUCGUCUCUGCCGUUCAGAAUGCCACCGUCACUCCCCUUGAUACAGGCUUCAACCAAGCAGCAGCAGCCUACGCUUCAGAAUCAUGAUCUGAGGCGUGAUAAAAGUAUGUACCACGAGGGCUGUCCUCUAAUACAUAUCGAAGAGGUCAUGGCAAAUUAUUUAACUCCUUUCUCCUCAGCGCGCCAACAUCGCGACAGGUACCAAUGAGUGUGUGAGUAGCCUUCAUUGUCUGUCGUGUGUGCUAUUGAAUGAAAUCAUAGUGACUUUAACCCCCUUCGUUGUGCUUCUUUUCUUGUCAUGCAGAGCAACUAGUAACUGUCCUGGUUGCUUGAUUGCUGGCCGUACGACGAGUCGUCACCGCCGGACUGGCCGUAGCUUGCCCCGCCAGAUGACUGAUCGUAGUUGUCACCGCCAGAGGCUUGGCCGUACGAGUCUUGUUGACCGCCGCUACCGCGACCGCCGCUCUGGCCGAAGCUGUCACCACCGGACUGUUGCUGGCCGAAGCUAUCGCCGCCAGACUGUUGGCCGUAGCUGUCACCGCCAGAUUGUUGACCGUAGCUGUCGCCGCC